AUGCGGCUACUGUACACGACAAGCGAUGGACACUUCAGAUUCACAAAGGACAUCAUCCGCGUCGAAGAUCUACCUCCUUAUGCGAUACUGUCGCACACCUGGGGGGAUGAAGAGGUGGUCUUUGACGACGUGAAAAACCUUACUAGUAGUCAAAACCUUGCGGUCGUGGAUGCAGCGAUCGCAACAAGAGGAGACGGUUGGAAAAAGCUUCACUUCUGCGCAAAACAGGCAAAGUCAGAUGGCCUAGAACAUUUCUGGGUAGAUACUUGCUGCAUUGACAAGGCAAACAACACAGAGUUAUCCGAGGCGAUCAACUCUAUGUUUCGCUGGUAUCAAAAAGCUGACAAGUGCUAUGCUUUCCUAGCAGAUGUCGAGGGGAAGGCUUCGAAGGAAGAUUGGAGACCGUCCGCAACAUGGAAGGCAGCCUUCAGAACGAGCAGAUGGUUUACCCGGGGCUGGACGCUUCAGGAGCUUCUAGCCCCGCAUUCCGUCGAAUUCUUUUCCAAGGAUGGGGUACGUUUAGGAGAUAAAGACUCGCUCAAAUACACCAUCCAUGAGGUGACAGCGAUACCUAUCGAAGCUUUGUCAGGAACUGAUAUGUCGAAAUUCGAAGUUGCCGAACGCCUUUCUUGGGCACGGGAUCGACAGACCACACGCGAAGAAGAUGGGGCCUACUGUCUUCUCGGUAUCCUCGACUGCUACUUACCGCUAAUUUAUGGCGAGGGAAAAGAGAGUGCGUUGAGGCGACUCAGGAGGAACAUUCGGGAAAGGUCUCCGAAUGUCGCAGAUGCCUCAAUGGACGAUUCUGAGACUGAUGAACGAGGCCGAGAAACAAGACUCCAGAACAUACGCAAAUGGGUUUCGGCUCCCGAUCCAUCCACGAAUUAUCACAAAGCUCACAAGCAGCGACAAGCGGGGACAGGACUAUGGAUACUAGAAAGUGCAAAGUUCAAGAAAUGGAAAGAGGGCAAAGCGUCGCGGAUGUGGCUGUAUGGGAUCCCAGGGUGCGGAAAGACGAUUCUAAGCUCUACAAUUAUCGAGCAUUUGCUGCAGCACUGCGAUGAAGAUGCUCGUGAAGUCACGGUAUACUUCUACUUUGACUUCAAAGAUGUACAGAAACAGGAUCCAGAGUCGAUGCUUCAUUCAUUGCUCAGUCAACUUCUGCAGUGUUCGGUCGCCAUACCUAAGGAAGUUGACGAGUUGUUUUCAUCAUGCGGAAACGGACAACAGCAACCAUCGUUGCCAGCACUUCUCAAUGUCGCACCGCAGGUGAUCCGACAAUUCACGCAUGUCUACAUCGUCCUCGAUGCGCUCGAUGAGUGUACGAAACGCACAGAGCUAACAGACAUACUGGAGACGUUGAUUGGGUGGCAGCUCGGUAUUGUGCAUCUGCUUAUGACCAGCCGAAGAGAACGGGAUAUCGAGACGUUCUUAGGCAAUCAUGUCACAAGAGAAGGCAUUAUCAGUCUUCAGAAAGAUGUAGUGGACAAGGACAUAUUACGAUACGUUCAGCAGCGGCUGGUCGAUGAUCAGGACCUGGCGAAAUGGAACAAGGACCAGGAUACUAUGCAAGAGAUCGAGAUAGCAUUGAUGCACGGAGCCCGGGGGAUGUUUCGCUGGGCUGUCUGCCAGCUUGACACACUAGCAAAGUGUCGCAAUCUGGCGAUGUUACGACAGGCGCUCGCAGCAUUACCGCAGACUCUAGACGAGACAUACGACCGUAUCCUAGCUUCGAUACGCGAGGUGGAUCGCGUGUAUGCGAUUAGAAUAUUCCAGUGGUUGACCUUUUCUACCAGGCCGAUUUCUAUUGAAGAAGUUGCUGAAGUGGCCGCUAUUGACGUGGCGCGAGAACCAAUGAUCGACCGCGACGAGGUGCUAGUAGAUCCACUAGAAGCGUUGGAGAUAUGCUCUAGCCUGGUCACUCUUUCGACAAAAGAGGUGAAAUGGUUGAACAGGCCUUCCCAGCGGAUCAUCACUCUAGCACACUACUCAGUUCAGGAGUAUCUUGUGUCAGACCGAAUCAAGCAUGGGCCAGCAAAGCAUUUUAGUAUGCAGGAGAAGGAAUGUCACGAAGCGAUUGCCAAAGGUUGCUUGGGGUACUUGAGUCAGUACCAGUAUCCAAUCACUCAACAUCUCCUAGAAAAUCAUAUGCUCGCACGGUACUCAGCAGAGUUCUGGCAUCGCCAUCUUCAGAAAAUAGUAGACAAGACGGAAGAAGUGAAUCGAUUAGCGAUGAGUCUGUUCAGCACGAAGACAGCAGGAUUUCUCACUUGGAUCCGCCUUUACAAUCCAGAUUACCUCCAAAGUUCACCAAAUCUGUCGAAAAAGCUGGAUAGUAUAGCCUCGCCCCUUUAUUACGGAUCCCUGCUGGGCCUCGAUACAAUUGUCACAUUGCUGCUGAAACAGAAUGCCAGAGUCAAUGCGCGGGGCGGAUCGUACGGCACCGCGUUGCAGGCAGCCUCAGCCAACGGCCACACGUCAGUAGUGAAGCUGCUGAUUGACGCGGGCGCCGACGUCAACGCGACUGGUGGAGAAUACCGUAGCAUAUUGCGUGCUGCACUCGGACGCGCACAUGAAGAUACGACCAGGACUCUCCUCGAAAGAGGUGCCUACGUUGGUCUGGACAAGCAACUAAAGGGUGCUCUACAUCAUGCUGUCAGCGGUACAGGAUGCACAGCCUCGAUGGCUGAAAUGUUACAACAACAUGGUGCUCCCUUGGACACGACCGACGUCGAUAAUAUGACGCCGUUGCAUUACUGUGUAAAGUUUGGCCACAGAGCCAUUGCAACGCAACUCCUCGACGCCGGGGUUCCGGUUGACAUCAGGGUUCGUCGGCGAGCAUGGCCACACAGAGUUGGCAAAUUAGACCCCGUUACAACCCAAGCUAUUACUCCAGUCUCGUCAACUAGUACACGCGGGCUAACUCCUCUACACUUCGCAGCUUUGAUCGGCGAUGCUACCAUGGUCGGGUUCCUUCUUGAGCAUGGCGCUGAUUCUAAUGCUCUUUCUGAGUACGACGAAACCCCUUUACAUCUUACCUUGCGCACAACACUAUCUGGAACGACGUACGCUGAUGAUUGGACCAAUGGAUCUCUCAGGGUAGAAGAUCGGCUUGCAAUGCAAAGUCCCGAAAGUCGUUCUCUUACACAGGAUGUGUCUGGUGUCGGUCUCGCACGUGGGAAUGUGAUCGAUGCAUUGCUAGCAAGUCCCAAUAUCUCUCUUAGUGUGAGGGAUCGCGAAGGGGAUACCCCGUUACACUGCAUCCGGUACAACGAACCGGAAAGUGCGGCUUCCAUUCGCAAGUUGAUAUCCAGAGGCGCGGAUCUUUCGUGCCGUAACUCUUGCCAGCAAACCCCACUACAUCUUGCUAGCAAAGCUGGCGAUCUUGAGUCAGUCGAAGCACUGCUCAGUAUGGGUGCGAAGGUGACAUUGACCGACAUGCAUGGUCUCAAUGCCUUCCAUUACGCAGCCCAAAGUCCAAAUCGAGAUACCAUGAUCGCCAUUCUCGACACCGAAGAAGCAAGAGCAGUCAACCUAAUAACGUCGAGGGAUGCGUAUGGGCAAAAUGUGCUACACCACACCUUUUUUGAUCGCGACAGAAUCCAGGGCGAGAAGAUACGUUGGCUACUUGAUCAGGGUGCGGACGGUGCCCAGCUUGAUGACUCCGGAAUGUCACCUAUAGGAAGCUAUAUUACGCAGUCUGCCUGGGAAAUUGACUUGGACAUCUUGAGAUCGGCUCUUUCGUUCCACUACAUUGCGUCAUCUCUCGACCAACAAGGGGGAACCCUUGGACACCUGCUCGCUGCAUCGUCUAACUUUAGGUUAGACCUACUGGAAGUCCUUCACAUGCACCAUGUCAGCCUAGCGGCGAGGGACUAUAAUGGACGGACCGUAAUUCACUACGCUGCCACACACGGUCGUCUUACCAAAGACACGGCGUACUUCCUCACCAACGUUGCCGGGAUCCAUCCAGAGUGGGAAGAUAAUCGUGGUCGUACCGCGUGGGAAUAUGCUAGCAAGGCAGGUGAAGAAGAGCGCAAGAAGGAAAGGGAGCGAGGCCAAAAGAGCGAUCACGAGAGCGACAACCACAGUGACACUGACAGCGUUGAGGACAUAAGUCUACGAUGGGAGCAGAGCGCGGCUAUUUUGUUGGGGUAUCGCUCGACUACCAUGAACGAUUCCGCCAUGUCCACCGUGCUUGCUAUUCGCCCGCCCGAGUUAUUGGACGAUUCGUCGAUGAAAACUACUGAGACGACAAAUUCUUCACUUUUCUGUGGAACCUGGGCAGAAAUUUUGGAGAAUAGGUGA